CUUUUAAGUUCCAAAAAUAAGACUAAAUAAUACUUAAGGGACUGUUACACCCUUACUAAGCCCAAACCCACUGGCCUGCUACAGUAACCCGUCACAGUGACCAAAUGUGCAGUGACCAAUGUUAUAGUUACCAAUGACAUAGUUACAAAAUUCAUCCUGUGACAUAGUUACAAAAUUCAUCCAGUGACAGUGACCAAUGUCACAGUGACCAGUGACAUAGUUACAAAGUUCGUCACCCCUAAUCCACCAGUGAGUCAGUGACCAGUAAUCAAAUGCCGCCGCUAAUGACCAUUUCCCCGUUACCGCCGCCAGAGACGAGUACCCCGCUGCCCCCGUCAGUGACCAGUUGCUACCCCCGCCACCAGUGACCAGUCCCCCUCCACCGCUAGUGAACAGUACCUACCUCAGCCACCAGUGACCAGUCCCCCUCCGCCGUCAGUGACCAGUACAUACCCCCGCCACCAGUGACCAGUACCUAUCCCCGCCAGUGACCGGCCCUUUGCCCCACCCGUGACCUAUUUGCGCUGACACCAGAGAGCGGUCCACGACGCCGCAAGUGACCAGUAGGGUCAGUGACAAGUCCACGCCGCCGUCAGGGACCAGUCCUCCACCGCCGCUAGUGACCCAUCUCUACUACCACCAGUGACCAAUCUCGUGCCGCUAUUAGUGACCGGUCCCGCCACCGGCCAACACCGUCGGACACCACCGCCGACUAUCACUACUCCAUCAGUCACAACCCCAUCCUUGCCCCUCUCCUGUGGCCUGCGUCACACAGCCCCCUAGCCCCCCACUAUCCUCGGCCCCUGCCCAACCCCUCCCCAGCCUCAGCUUAAGCCCUACUCCCAAUCUAGUCCCAGCUCAAGCCCUGGCCCAGAUCCACUCCCUCCCCGCCCCCCCUCCCAAGACCUAGCCUUAGCAGUCAGCACGAUGACUAAUCUGCAACCAUCUUUGAUGCUCGCACCAUCUCGAUCUGUUUCCGAAAUCGGCGAAGAAGAGAUCAAGCCCUGUUGUCGUUCCCAUCCUUAUUGCCGUCGUCAUCAAUUGCCUGUCAUCAAUCGUUCAAGGCGGAGAAGACGAACGAUGGCGACCUCGGAGUGGGGCAAGCAGAGGCGAAAGAUAAAUGAGAAGGAGGAAUUGAAGUUCGUAGAGAUGAAGUGUUGCUGCGGUGGCUGGGCGGUGGUGGAGGAGGACAAAUCUGAGAAGGAUCGGUCGAUGGUACUGCUUGCGGAUGGAGGAGAACUGAGGAUGCGGCUGGAGGAGAACGAAGGAUGGAAGGUGGUAGAUAUUCGGUUGAUUUGGGUAACCUCCAACGCAAUCGAAGAAACGAGAUUGGGAGGAAGAAAUCCCGCAAAGGUAAAGAACUUGCCGGGUCUUCAUCUCAAAGCCGAGAUGAUUUUGAAACGGGUUACCAAAGGCGAGAUGGAGAUGCGAUGUCCGAAGAACAACUCCAACAAGAAUUGGCCCGACAUAAUAACCGCUUUCUACAACAACAACAAAUGCCGACGACCAUUGACGAAGAGGAGCUUGAGGAUGAAGAUGCGGAGGAAUUGGAACCGGAGACGGCCGAGGAGGAGGGUGCCGGCAGCCACGACGCCGACGCGCCUGCCUCAUCCCAAACCGCCACCGGUAAUAAAAAAAGUAAGUCUGAACUAAUGAAAAAUAAUUUUGAUAAAUGGAAGGACCCACAAACCGGCUAUUGGCACGCAACUUGCAAGUGGUGCAACAACAAUUAUAGUUUGGGAACCUCCGGCGGAUACGGAUCCGCCGCAAGGCAUCUUAAGGCAAAGCACCCCGUGGAGUACGCAAAAUUAGGCGGCGGAACGGGGAAGCAAACUCAAAUAUCGAGGUUUGCGAAUUCUCAACCUUUUGGUAAUUUCUCCUACAAUGAUGCACAAAAUUUGACUGGUAUGGCUAACUUAAUUUGUGAAGAAAAUUUGCCUUAUUUGUUUUCUGAAAGUCUUGCUUUAAGAGAUUAUGCACAAGGUAGUUUAAAUCCUCAAUUUAGAAAUUAUAGUCGCAAAACUGUUAAGAAAGAAAUAAUAAGGCUUUAUAAUGCGGAAAAGGAAAGGUUACAAAAUUUUUUUGCAAACUUUGAUGGGCGUGUUACUAUUUGUUCUGACAUAUGGGAGGAUGAUUUUCAUCAUUUAUAUUAUUUGGGUCUGACUGCACAUUAUAUUGAUGAGGAUUGGAAUAUGCAUAAACGUGUUCUUGCUUUUCGUGAAUUUAAUGAUCGUCACACCGCUGAACAUAUUUAUAUUUUGAUUGAGCGUAUUUUAAUUGAGUAUAAUUUGAUUGAUAAGGUGUUUGCUAUUGGUUUCGAUAAUGCUACUAAUAAUACUGCUGCUAUACCUAGAUUGCGUGAGUUGUGUGGAGCCAAUUCUUUGAUGGGUAGAUUUUUUCAUCAACGGUGUGCAUGUCAUGUUAUAAAUUUAUGUGUGCAAGAUAGUUUAAAAGCGUUAGGAGAUUCCAU